AAAGGUUCUAAAAGCAUGUAUUCUAGCAUUCAUGUUUGCAAUCAGCUUCCACUAUACUCAGGCUUCCCUUCAACAUUAUAAAUUUACAGUGAAAGAAGCUUCAUUUCAAAGGCUCUGUGAAUCAAAGAUCAUCUUAACUGUGAAUGGACAAUUUCCAGGACCAACAAUUUAUGCUCAUAAAGGAGAAACUGUCAUUGUGGAUGUCUACAAUCAAGGGAAAUCAAACAUAACCAUUCACUGGUGUUACUAUACAUAUUUGGAAUUUUUUAAGUUUAAUUAUUUGGAAUAUAAAUUCUAAAAUUUUUGAACAUUUGCACGUAUGGAGUAAAACAACCUAGACAUCCAUGGUCAGAUGGACCGGAAUACAUAACUCAAUGCCCAAUCCAGCCAGGUUCAAAAUUCAGGCAAAUGUUGAUCUUUUCGGAUGAGGAAGGCACCUUAUGGUGGCAUGCACACAGCCAAUGGGAUCGAGCCACGGUUCAUGGUGCCAUUGUUGUUUAUCCCAAACUUGGGGAGUGGUGGAAGGAAAAUGUUAUGUUGGUAUAUGAACAAUUUAUUACCUCAGGAGGUGAGCCAAUUGAUUCUGAUGCCUACACAAUAAAUGGUCAGCCAGGAGAUGUUUACCCUUGCUCGGAGCAUGAGACGUUCAAGCUAGAGGUGGAGUAUGGCAAGACAAAUCUACUUCGGAUCAUAAAUUCUGCGAUGAAUGAAAUGCUUUUCUUUGCAGUAGCAGAGCACAAGCUGACAGUAGUAGGAACAGAUGGAAGCUACACUAAGCCCUUGUCAAGGGAUUUUAUCACAAUAAGCCCUGGACAAACCUAUGACUGUAUUUUGGAGGCUAACCAAAAGCCCGAUUGAUAUUACAUGGCAGCUAGAGCUUAUUCCAGUGGUGUCAAUGUCAAUUUUGACAACACAACCGCCACGGCCAUAGUGGAAUACAAAGGAAAAUAUUUUGAUCUGUCUUCUUCGCCUUAUUUACCUAGUUAUAAUGAUACUCUAGCAGCUGUUAAUUUUAGUGCUAGUAUUAGAAGUUUGGAUUCAAAAGACCACCCAAUAUCCGUACCGAUUGAAGUGAAAGAGAGGUUGAUCUCAACACUUUCAAUAAAUACAUACCCUUGUCCUAUAAAUGGCACCAAUUCCACAUGCCAAGGACCUAAUGGAACGCGAUUCUCAGCAAGUAUGAACAACAUAAGCUUUGUCGCUCCAACCAUUGACAUCUUAGAAUCCUACUAUUACAAUGUAAAAGGCGUACCUUUAGGGAAGAAUUUUCCAAUGUUUCCACCAUAUUUAUUUAAUUACACCGCGGAUAUCCUGCCUUUGCAAUUAGAAGUACCAGAAAACGGAACACAUGUAGUCGUGUUGAAAUAUAACCCGACAGUUGAGGUUGUUUUUCAGGGGACUAAUGUGGCUACUGGCAUAGACCAUCCAAUGCAUCUUCAUGGAUUUAGUUUCUAUACUGUUGGAAUGGGACUCGGAAAUUUCAACGAGAGUUUGGAUCCUCUGAACUAUAAUCUUGUUGAUCCUCCUCGACAGAACACUGUUGCUGUUCCUAAAAGGGGUUGGGCUGCCAUUAGAUUCAAAGCAGACAACCCCGGGCAAGUCUCCGUUUUUUUCCACCUUUUUACUAGUACAAUUAAAAAUUUGGUGUUUUUUUCUUCUCUACUUAUUCUCUGUCUUCCUAUGCUUCAUUAGGAGUUUGGUUUAUGCAUUGCCAUUUAGAACGUCAUUUGUCAUGGGGCAUGGACACGGUAUUCAUUGUGAGAGAAGGCGAAACCCCUGAAGAACAGUUGUUGCCACGUCCAUUGGACAUGCCUCCGUGCUAACUUUUGCUGCCGCUCAACAAGAA